GCACAUAGUGCGUUCUAAUCAGCUACAUGUAUCUCUUUUUACCUUUAUCUCCCUCAUAUCUUCAUUUUUCUAAUCCCCCAUGAUUAUUUUCAUCAAGGUUCCAGAUGAAACAAGUACUCAAACAACAGAUAUUACUGUUCACCUUGUUGGUGAUUUUCAAUGGGUCGUUUUGUUUGGACCCAUUCUAUGAAGAUUGUGUCCCGAAACAUUGUGGCGAUGGUAUGAGCAUAAGAUUUCCAUUUUUCAUUAGAGGUUUACAUGAACCGCAUUGUGGGUACCCGGGUUUCGAGCUGGUUUGCAACGACGAUGGCCUCCCAGUUCUUAGUAUAUCUGGAAAUAACUACUCAUUUGAAAAUAUCGACUAUAAAGCAGGGUCUAUGCGCUUGCUGAAUUACCCGACCAUCACUUGCAACUCCUCAAUCACAAACGUAACACUUGGUGGAAACCUGUUUUGGAUGUAUGGCAGCUCAACUUCGGAACUUGUUUUUCUUACGGAUUGUACUAAGGAAGUGCCCAAGAAUCUGACGAGGUAUAUGAUUGGGUCUUGUGACCCAGCCGUCCAGUUGGUUAUGCUUAGUGAUGACUCAAAUUUGGGGAGCGCAAAAGAAGUUUGUACUCAGGUGGUUGUGGCGCUAGUGGAAGAGCAGGAUGGAGAAAGGCGGAAGAAAGUGGUGGUGGACGGAGGAAAUUAUGCGGAGGUAGUGAAGAGAGGCUUUACAUUGUUCUGGUCUGCACAAGAAUGUGUCGACUGUGAGCGAAGUGGUGGGAGGUGUGGAUAUAAAUGGUUUCCAUUCCGGUUCCUGUGUUUUUGCCCUCAAUCAAUCCAGCCGGCGAGUUGCCCAAAUGGGAAACACAAAAAUCUAUGGAUUCUUGUCAUGGCGCUUAGUGUGGGAUUUGUGACAACUUUGUUUUUGCUUAUCUUAUGUUUCAAAAGAAAACUCAAAUGGCCAACUAAGACAAAGAACUGUAACAAUGUUGAAAACUUUCUAAAAAAUCAUGAAUUACUCGCGAAAAGGUACUCUUAUUUGCAAGUAAAAAAGAUGACAAACUCCUUCGAAGUCAAACUAGGUCAAGGCGGCUUUGGUUCUGUGUAUAGAGGAGUUCUAAGCGAUGGAAAUCUGGUGGCCGUGAAGGUUUUAAGCGAAUCAAAAGGUAAUGGUGAAGAUUUCAUAAAUGAAGUUGCAAGUAUUGGUAAGACUUCCCAUGUAAAUGUCGUAAGUCUUCUGGGAUUUUGCUUUGAGGGCCAUCAAAGAGCAUUGAUCUAUGAGUUCAUGCCUAAUGGAUCACUUGAGAAGUUCAUAUAUAACCAGGCUUCCUCGAGUAAUAGCCAACUUGGGUGGAAAAAGUUACAUGAGAUCGCUAUUGGGAUUGCUCGUGGCUUAGAAUACUUGCAUAUUGGUUGUAACACCCGCAUCUUGCAUUUCGACAUAAAGCCCCAUAAUAUUCUUUUGGAUCAAGAUUUUUCUCCCAAGAUAUCUGACUUCGGCCUUGCCAAGCUAUUCCCCGAGAAAAGAAGCAUGAUAUCAAUGUCCCAUAUGAUCAGAGGAACACCAGGAUAUAUUGCUCCUGAAGUAUAUUCUAGAAGUUUCGGGCAGGUAUCCCAUAAAUCAGAUGUUUAUAGUUAUGGGAUGAUGAUUUUGGAAAUGGCUGGAGGGAGGAAAAAUAUUGAGGUAGAAGUUGAUCAUACAAGUGAAAUAUACUUUCCUAAUUGGAUCUACAAAAAGCUUGAAUUAGAUGACGAACUUGGACUACAUAGGAGUAUGAGCAAUGAAGAAAAUGAGAUUACAAGAAAAAUGAUUAUAGUGGGUUUGUGGUGCAUACAAACUAAUCCCUUGAACCGACCAACAAUCACGAAAGCGUUAGAAAUGUUAGAAGGGGACUUGUCAUCAUUGGAAAUUCCUCCAAAACCUUAUUUGUCUUCUCCAUCAAGGUUGGGUGCUUCUUCAAUUACAGAUUAAUAAGAUCAUCAUUGUUCUUUACUAAAAUAUAUUUUUCAUGUGGUUAUAUCUCAUAGAUUUCUACCUGGGGACUUGUGGUGCAGAAAAUAUCAAAGCCAAUUAGAAAUUAUUAUAUACCGUGAAAACUUAUUAUUGAUUUUGGUUAACUUGUUACGUCA